AUGGCCACGUCCACUCUCCCGAUUCUCUUGCUUAUCCUUCUUGUAGUCUCACAGAAACAUAUGCAGCCGGCGACCGGCGCCGGUGGCAACGAAACCGACAGACUAUCACUUCUCCAACUCAAAUCCACACUGGUAGACCCACUUGGAGCUCUGAGCUCAUGGAACCAAAGCCUCCAUUUCUGCCAAUGGCAGGGAGUAACCUGCAACAACGAGGAAGAAGAGAGAGUAACCCAACUCGACCUCAAGUUAAGGCAGCUCAGCGGCUCAAUCUCCCCACACAUCGGCAACCUGACCUUCUUAACCCACCUUAUCCUCAACAACAACUCCAUCUCCGGCGAAAUCCCGUCGGAAAUCGGCCGUCUGCAACGCCUUCAGGUGCUCGUUCUAUUUCAGAAUUCCAUCUCCGGCUCCAUACCGCCGAACCUCUCCGCCUGCUCGAAUCUCACCAGAUUGGGAGUUGCCUUCAACAGCUUGGCCGGCGAAGUCCCGUUACAGCUAUGCAAUCUCAUCAACCUCCAGUUACUCUCGAUUCCUUUCAAUAACUUGAGCGGGAAUUUCCCUUCCUGCUUCGGCAACGCGUCUUCCCUCCAGACGAUCUCCGCGGCUAGGAAUGAAUUCGUCGGCGGAAUUCCCGAGUCUCUGGCCCGAUUGAGAGACCUAGGUUUAAUUAGUUUUGGGGCGAAUCGGUUUUCGGGUUCAUUCCCACUUCAAUUCUUCAACUCCUCUUCCAUUCACACCAUAAGCAUCAUUGAAAAUCAACUCACCGGAACUCUGCCUCCGGAUAUCGGGUUCACUCUGCCGAAUCUGGUCCAUCUCAACGUGGCUUACAACAAUUUCUCCGGUCGAAUUCCUGGGUCAAUCUCCAACGCAACGAACCUGCAAGCUUUCGAGUUGGGCCACAACUAUUUCCACGGCGGAGUGCCUUCUUUGUCAAAGCUGAACAGGAUUCAAUUCCUGGGACUGAUGAACAACAGCUUAGGAAGUGGAGGUGUAGAAGAUGAUCUGUUGUUCCUCCAUUCCUUGACCAACAGCACCCUUCUCCAAGGGAUCAACAUCGGAUUGAACAAUUUCUCCGGCGAAUUGCCUCACAGCAUAAGCAACUACUCCGCCACUUUCGUCAGGCUGAGUCUACGUUUCAACCCGAUGAUCACCGGAACUAUUCCGGCGGGGCUCGACAGGCUGGUCAACUUGGAACAGCUGGAUUUCUUGGGCAACAGUCUUUCCGGCAAUCUGCUUGUUGAAUUGGGGAUGCUCCCCAACUUCAUGACUCUUCAGGUUCAGAACAACAGCCUGUCAGGAAGCAUUCCUUCCAAUAUCGGGAAUUCAACCACGUUACUCGGGGUCUGGCUGCAAGGGAAUCAACUGGAAGGUGAGAUUCCGGCGAGUUUCGGGAAAUGUAAGGAUAUGGAGAUUCUCUAUUUGGCAGACAACAAUCUCAGCGGGGAGAUUCCGCCGGAGAUUCUCAAUCUCCCGGACUUGAGUCGUGUUCUUGAUCUUUCAAGGAACAGGUUGAGUGGUCGGAUUCCAGAGGAAGUCGGAAGCUUGGUCAACCUUGGUCGACUUGAUCUCAGCAAUAAUGUGCUUUCCGGUUCAAUCCCGUUGAGUAUAGGGAGAUGCGUGAGACUAGAGAACCUAAACCUGAUGGGAAACUUGUUUCAGGGUUCUAUCCCUUCAUCUCUUAGGACGCUCAAAGAAGUGGAACUCAACGCUCUAGCAAAUCAUACGACAAACUCUUCUUCAAUUGCUGUUCGAGGAACAGUUGGCUAUAGCGCGCCAGAGUACGGAAUGGGGAGUGAAGUGUCCACCAAUGGAGAUGUGUACAGCUAUGGCAUCCUCUUGCUGGAGAUGUUCACAGGGAGAAGGCCUACUGAUGAAACAUUCAGAGACGGGUUGAAUCUCCACAACUUUGCAGCGGCUCUUGGUGAUAAUGCAGCAGACUACAUUGAUCCAAGACAAGAUGACAACAGCAGCAGAUCGAGAACGAAUGAAAAGCAGGUGUUCCCAGAGGCAGUGGUUUCGAUUAUACAAGUUGGGGUUGAAUGUUCAAAUGAAAUUGCAAGAGAACGAAUGGGCAUAAGUGAUGCUGUAACUAAGCUAACAGCAGUAAGGGACAAAAUUGUUAAGAGACGUAACUAG